CGAAAAACGAUCAUAUGUGCAUGUGAGUAGUGAUCGUAGUCGUGACCUCAUCAUGUCAAAAUAUAUCAUAACCUUUUGAUUUAAAAGCAUUGACAACAACUUGUUUUGACAAAUAUAACCUCUCAUUACAGAUAUCUGAUUCUCAGGAAAAUUAUUAUACUUGUCUUUUGUUUAUUUCUACGUUCGAAUACAUUUUCCAUUAGUGACGUAAUAACAACACCUUGAACCUCCUCAGAAACUUGUUUUGGGUGUUUUCCUUAUACAUUUUCUUUGUUCUAUUUUCAUCAGUGUAACCACAUUGCUGUACUGAGUACCGAGUAUUACGGCUUAAAUGUUGAAGCCGAAAUGGUAUCGCAAUUUGUACCAGGAUCUUGCGCCCGAACAGAACUACAUUCAGAAAUUGAACUGUCACUAUCAUGCAGGGGUCUACCAAAAAUGGACAUACUGUCAAUGUCGGACCCAAUGUGUGUAACGUACACGCGGCCGUUCGGAAAGGACAAAUGGAUCGAAUACCACCGCACAGAGUAUGUGUCCAAUUGCCAUGAUCCCGACUUUACUUCGAAAAUUGUGAUGCCUUAUCGGUUCGAAGAGCAGCAACUGUUGCGGUUCGAUGUCUAUGAUGUAGACGACAACAGCUCCAAUCUUGAUAAUCAUGAUUUCAUUGGUACAGCAUCCUGUACCCUGGGACAGGUGGUUGCUAGUGGCAGAGUGAAGUUGGCUCUAACUGACAGAGGUAACACUGACCACGGUCAACGCGGCUUUCUCUUGAUAAAUGCUGAACAAGUAUCGAAUGAAAGGAAUGACCUAUUGACCUUUAGAUUCAGUGGUCACAACCUGGACAAAAAAGACUGGUUUGGACUCUCCGAUCCGUUCCUGGAAAUUUAUAAAGCCACUGAGUCGGGUGACUACAUCCUAGUUCAUAAAACUGAGGUUAAGAAGUGGACGUUGAAUCCGAAAUGGGCCGAAUUCAAGCUGAGCGUUCACUCGCUGUGCAACGGGGACGAAGAUAGGGACUUGAAGGUGCAGUGCUACGACUGGAAUUGGAGCGGACAUCACAGCUUCAUCGGCGAGUUUCACACCAAUCUCAAGACGUUGAAAUGUAAUAGAGGACCUCUAAAUUGUUACCAAUGCGUCAAUCCACGCAGACAGGCAGAGAAAGGAAGUCUUUAUAAGGAAUCUGGUUUUAUAACGCUUGAUUAUUUUCGACUGGAACCAAUCUACAAAUUCUUGGAUUACAUAAAAGGCGGAACAAAACUCAACUGCAGCAUAGCUAUCGAUUUCACAGCGUCAAAUGGAAAUCCUUCAGAUCCUGUGUCUCUGCAUUAUACAGCCGGCGUGAGGCAAAAUUGCUACGAACAGGCGAUCCUCGAAGUAGUCUCUAUCAUCCAGGACUACGACAGUGACAAAGCAUUUCCAGUGCUGGGAUUUGGAGCUCGACUACCUCCCACUGGAGCCGUCUCUCACGAGUUCUUUGUCAACAUGAGUCCUACGAAUCCAUAUUGCUAUGGUGUCAGUGGUGUUCUGGAGGCGUAUCGCACUUGUUUGCGACAAAUUCAGCUGUACGGACCAACCAACUUUGCUCCGGUCAUCAGACACGUGACACAGUUCGCGAACACCUACCGGGACGGCAGUCGAUACUUCAUCCUGCUCAUUCUUACCGACGGAGUCAUCACCGAUAUGAAUGAGACCAUCAAUGCGAUAGUAGCAGCAUCGACUCUACCUUUGUCGAUAGUAAUAGUGGGGGUGGGCGACGCCGAUUUCAGCGCGAUGGAGCGUCUCGACGCCGACAAAGAGGCGCUGUGUUCGCAGCAGGGUGUGCGCGCGGAGCGCGACAUCGUUCAAUUCGUGCCGUUCAACCGGUUCAUCGCGUGCGGCAGCCCGCACACGGCACGCCAGCUGCUCGCCAAAGAGGUGCUCGCCGAAAUCCCUACGCAGCUCGUCGGCUUCAUGAAGUCGCACAACAUUUUGCCGAAACCGCCCUCCUCCGAGCAGAUUGUGCUGCCGCCGGACCCCGAUCGGCUCAACUUGUGAACCAUCUAGUCACUCUGUGCCAACUACUUUCUUAGUCAUCGAUUUUUUACCUUGAAUUACUUACUUUUAAGCUAGAUACGCCUGUAGGGAUGUAGGGCUGCUCACAUACUGACAGUUCACAAGUGUUUAUUGUUAUUUGAAAUGGAAUGAAAUAAUUUACUGAAAAAACAAUACAUAUGAAAAACCAGAAAUAUACAGAUACAGAGCAUAAAAUGCGUAUAUAUUACAAAUUUAGAAAGAAAUAAAAAUUCAAGUAUCCUUUUUCUUAAACUGUUUACUUACAUAUUUCGACAGAGGGAAAUAAAUUUGAAAUUGCAUUUAUUCAAAUGCUGAUUGAUGAAUAAUUAUUUUUAAUUGAUGAAUAUUUUUUUAAAUAAAUAUUAAUAUAGUGAAUUUGCAAUUACCUUUUUUGUUAGGGCUAAUCUUAAAUGGAAAGAAAUAAAAAUCCAAGUACCCUUUUUUAAAUAGUGUUUACUUACGACAUUUUUUUCAUUAUUUCACAUAAAUGUCGAAAUAUAUAAUUAUUAUUAAACGAAAAUUCAAUUAAAUGCUGUAAAUAACCCCGAAUUUCCAUCUAGCUGUUUAACCUGUUGUCAAUAUUUGUAGUUGCAGAAGUCUUCGGGGUUAUUUACAUCAUUUAAUUGGCAUUUUCGUUUAAUAAUAAUGAUACAUUUCGACAUUUAUGUCAAUUAAUGAAUAAAAGCAGUUCAUAAGUAAACAAUAUUUUAAUAAAGGGUACUUAGAUUUUUAUUUAUUUCCAUUUAAGAGUAGCCCUAACAAAAAAAAAGGUAAUUACAAAUUUCACUAUAUUAAUAUUUAUUUAAAAAAUCCUCAAGUUUUUCAGAAUACUGUAAUUAAAUUUCAGUUUCUAUCUCUUUGGAAUUGUUGAUGUGUGAAAAUAUAUUUGAACUUGACCUCACUUUGGGAAAUUUAAUCGACUAAAGCUCAGUUUCUCAAAUACUUAUUUUAUCUAAUAGAACAGUGGACUUGUAGGUUUUAUGGUCCAUCAGAUUCAAUGAGUGUCCUAGUAGUUAUGGCGAAACUAGUAGAGUUGGCGAAAUCAUAUUUAUC